AUGCUCCACGUGAAUUCCUCUGCUCCUCUGCUGUGCUCUGCACCUCGUCCAUGCCUGCCAUGCCAUGUACGCCUUGCCUUGCCCCACUCGGGACACUCACCUCCUGCACUCCACCUGCCCCUCUCCACCGUGUGUCGCCCCUCUCCACCGUGUGUCGCCCCUCCCCUUCCCCCCAUGGCGUGGCGGCGAGCAGAGGAGGUGCUGCACGCGGUGGCCAGGGGCGUUGACCUCUUUGACUGCACGUCAGUGCCACCCCUCCCGCAUGCAUGCACCCCCCCCUUGCAUGCACCCUCUUCAAACCUUCCAUGCAUGUCCGUUUCUGCAUGUGCCAUGCCGUACCCCCACGACCUCACCCUCCUCGGCCUCGCCUCCACGCUGCCCCUCCACCCGCCCUGGUGGCCGCACACCGUGGCGCCGGGAGAGGGGGAAGGGCAGGGGGGGACGAAAGAGGAGAGGGAUGGGGGGGCAGUGGAGGCGGAUGGGGUUUUAAGUGAAGUGGGGAAAGAGAAGGAAGGGGAGGAGGUGUACGGGUCGAAGAUGAACCUGCGGUGCUCAUCGCACAAGCGCAGUUUCAUCCCCAUAUCGCGCACAUGCGCGUGCUACACGUGCACCCGCCACACGCGCGCCUACCUGCACCACCUGCUGGACGCCCAUGAGAUGCUCGCCCUCGUGCUGCUGGACAUGUGA